ACGACGAGUGUUGCCCCUCUCGAGAACGGUGGUGGCGGAAGCGGUUGCGCUCCCUGCGGUAUAAGAGGCUCUCGCGGAGGCGCUUCGUCUGUUUAACACUCUCGCCACUCGUUGCACGAAGGAGUAGCCCCUCGAAAAAUCAUCUCACCUCCGUGACCGUGUUAUACCACAAACUAAAAAGUAUCGUUAUAUCGACCCCGCGGUCGUUCAACGAACGAACGACCGUUCUUGUUCGUUGAUUUAUCGUUCUUUAUUCCUCGGGAGACAAAGUUUAUAUUCGACGAAUUAACGAGAGCCAUGAAGUCGGUGGCGGUGCUAGCGGUGAUCUGUUGCCUGAUUCUUGGAGAAUCGUUCUCGAGUCCGGUCCCGGAGGUUUCAUCGAACGAAGGAACGAAACCAGCGAAUGCUCUUGGUUUGAGCGACGGAACGGGUCGACAAGCGGUCGCACAACCUGCGGCUCCAGCGGCAUCGGCCGACGACGAUGACGACGACGACGACGACGACGAUGAUGAUCUUGACCUCGAUGACCUUGCCGAUGACGAUGACGACGACGACGACGACGACGAAGAAGAGGUGAAGCCUGCUAAUGCUGCGGCUAGCGCCGACGACGACGACGACGACGAAGACGAUGACGAGGAUGACGACGACUACCUGGAAAGAUUCUUCGACGACAUCCUCGGUGGUGGAGAGGACGACGACGACGACGACGAGACUGUUUCGGUGGUAGAGCCAAUCGUCCCGGCAGCCCCCGCACCAGUCCCAGCUCCGAUUCACUCGGUCCAGCCGGCCCUGAACGCGGCACCUUCGAUCCCCGCGGCCGUUCAAUCCGAUUUGAAUGCUCUGGCCGACGGGGGGGUCGAGGAGGCUGGAAACGUCGCCGAGAAUUCAGGGGUCGAAGGUGAGAGCGGAAGCUACGAGGACGAAGACGUCAGUGACGUAUUGCCCGAGGGACAAGCGGCGGGCGCGCUCGAAGCUGCGAACCCAAUAGAAGGUGGUGAUGUGCAAGCGGAUCCUGUUUUGCUUACGAGCCAAUCGUCAUCCUCCGGGAUUCUUCAACAAGCGUCAGGGGGAACAACGUCCGACGACGACGACGACGACGACGACGAGGACGAGGACGACGAACUCGAAGACAUAACGCAAAUAGACGAAGACGACGAUGACGACGAGGACGAAGACGACGACGAGGACGAAGACGACGAGGACGAUGACGACGAAGUAGACGACGUUAUUCCCGAUAUCGGCGAUGCUCGUCGAGCACGUGCGAUGGAGAUCGAGCCAAGCAGCCACGUGCCAGCGAUCUAUGUAGCGAAAUACAAUCGUUUUGUUGACAAUAUUUUGGGUCGUAUAAACAAAAUUCUUCGUGAAAAUUACGAUCCGGUUACUGUCAAAUUGACUAAUCCAACGAGUAAUUCAAAGAGCAAGACCAAAUCGAGUAAGAAAAAGAACAAAAGAACCAGCACUAAAAAACAUGGCUCAAAGAAGAGCGUGUUCGAUUCGACCUCCAGUGCAAACGCCCUCAAGGUCAACAAAGAAACAACGAACGCCCCGACGACCAAAUAUGCGGAUUCUUCAUUUUCGCAGGAAGCUGACGCUGAAAAUUUGGCGAACAUCGCGACUACCGUGGCUGCGGAAACUCUCUCUAAUUCGGUGGCGAACGCUGCAGUGACGACACCUCGCGUUAUCGAAACAACCGAAGCUCAAGAACCUCUUCAGAGUCGCGCUUCGAUUAAUGGCAAAAAACAGAAGAGAAAGAGAACAAAGAGCAAGAGCAAAAAUAAAACGAAAAACAGCAUUUCUAGCAGUGGGAGCACCGGCAAUAAAAAUAAGGCGAAAGUGAAGAAGCAGAGCAAGCCGAAGGCACGUGCGAUACUGUACGGUUUGUCGUCACUGAAGCGAACGGGAGACGUUUCGGUAAACAUGAUGAGAGAUCACACGACGAUAAAGACGAAAUUUGGUCUUGGACCGUUGAUCCUGAAAGUUGAGAAGGAAUUCGGUCGCGCUACGAAAAAAGAGUUGAGAAGUGCGACAGCGACGACCGCUGAAAUGUCAGGAAGACUCAGCUUAAGAGUUUUGCACGGUGGUGCUGCAACUCUUCACUCUAUUCGUGUGCUCCAGCCCAAACAAGUCCGCGUCGAGAGCGCCGACGACCACGAUCGAACUCGCGAGUUCGUUUGGCGACGAUCCUCCCACAUAGCACAUUUGGUUUCCCAAAAACUAUCCUCCGCGACGAGAUCGAUGCUUCGACCGGCCCCCAUUUCAACCACGGCGGCAUAAUUCAUCAAGCAAAUUAAUCAUUCCACGAGUCCUCGUUGCUUUUGUUUUCCAAAUUAAGAUAAACGACAGAGCCGUCAAUGUACUCGUCCCGAGACUCUACCGAGUCUCUCGAUUCGUAUCGCUCUUUUAAAUUUCGUUUUCAUCUUUGGAAGAACGGAAAAACUCACUUGAAAACGCACCAUCGAUGAAGAAACUGAAAUAAUUCAGAGAAAAUCAAUUGCAUCUUCCACGGUCCUAAUUCUUAUGGCAGAAACGUCAGAGGUCAACCAAGUAUUGAAGCCUUUUCCUCUGCCUAAAAAAAUAGGAUUCGACUUUGUAACCUGGGGACACAAAGACGCGGGGGAUCGCAUUAUUUUUUUAUGCGUGCAAUAAACGUUAAGGAUUCAGAUAAAACCGAAGUAUUUUAUAAAAACGAAGGGGAACGAGGUGAGAAGAAAAUCGUUUGAAAAAAGAGCUUUCGAUGUUGCAUUCGAUCUCCGAUUUUCAGAUUA